UCUCAUCACUACUCUCUCUUCUCUCUCUCUAGCUCUGCCAUUUUUUCGUCUGCAAUAAGAGAGAAAAAAAUCCAGAGAGAACGACAAAAUUAGGAAGAGAUCAUAGACGAAACAGUAACCAAAACGAAGAAGAAACCCUAAUAAGCUCUUUCUCUUUCUUCUUAAUCCCGAAAAUGGAGUAUGAGAAAUCUCCCACUGCUACUACUUUCUCUAGGAAGAUUAGUAAUAAUCGUAGCCAUAGUCUUAGCUUUAGUGCAAAUGCCGUAUACGACGGAGUUUUUUCUUCUCCGGUGAAUUCGAAAUCUCCUUUAGUUGAUUACGGUGAGAUUUUCCGAGGUUCAGGUCCUUCUCCGUCUUCGAUUCCGUUUCUGGAUGUUCCGGAGCUGAACGUUGGUAAGGUUAAGGUCGAUGUUCGGAGUUCUAAGCUCGAUUACUCUUCGGUGUUUGGUGGCUUAGGAGCUUGCGAUUUUGCUGUUACUCCUAAGGAGGUGAUCAUCAAGUCCGAGAAGAAAACCUCCAUUAACGAGGAUAAGAAAAGGAAUCGUAGGAAAGGUGGAAAUUCUUCUGAUGUUCCUCUUUGCAACGAGGGGAAAAAAUCACCUGAAAUGGUUAGGAUGAAGCACUCUGAUAUAUCAUAUCACCAGACGGUCCCUCGUAAUGAGAAUGGGGCUACUCAUCUUACUCAGGUCCCUGCUACUAUGCCUGGUCCUAUUCCGACUCAAGUGGUUGAUAAUACGAGUUUGUUGCACAAGAUUGAAAGUAAAUCAACUCCUAUUCCAGCAGUUGAGAAGAAGCUGCCAUGUAACGAGGGUCGUGAGGAAGUCAAGGCUUCUAGAAAGCAGGGAUCUAAAACUGAGGUUGAUUUUGAGAACAUUUUUGCUCGAGAUGGAUGCAGUACGCGUGAUGACUCCACGUGUAAGACCGUUUCUAAUGGUGAAUAUCGGGAUGUGAAACCGCCUUCAAGCUUUCAGUGUACAUUGAAUGGUGAACAUGGAGCUUCUGAAAGGUUAUCGGGUUUAAAUUCUGGGCCUUCGGAAAGGUAUGAAACUGAAGAUGCUGAUUCUCCAAGUUCACCUCCAUACUUCGAUGCUGAAACAGAUGAAAAUUCGGUUGCCGCUGAGUCUUCUGCAGCACUGAAAAAGGCUAUAGAAGAGGCUCAAAUAAGAAUGAAUAUUGCAAAACAAAUGAUGGAAAAGAAAAAGUCCGGCUUUCGCAGUUGUGCAAAACUGAAAUCUUGUGAUGACUCUAAAAUUGAGAAUAAAGGGAACACAAAGGUUGAAGGAAUUACAGAAGAAAGCAGAGACAACAAUUCUCAGAUUCUCGGUGAAAUGGUGAAACCUUCUGAACAAUCAUUUUCAAACGAGGGAGAUCAGCAUGCUAAAAGAGCGCGGAAGCUGUGGGGAGUUCCUGAAGGACUUUUAAAAUCAACUUCAGACCAUAAGCCAGAAGAGUUAGAAGAGCAAGAUAUCAUAACGCUAGAAGAGGAACAAGCACGAAGAGGUCGAAAACACUGGGAAUUACCUGGAGGGAUAUUCAAAUCAGUUAUGAAUAGUAAGCAGCAGGAGCCAGAAAACCUUGCACCAGCUAAACCUGAACCUGAUACGAAACAAGAGGUGCAACCAAUAACUGAGAAUCCCUUCUAUACAUUUGGACAGCUUGGCAGUAAAUUAAAGUGUGUUGUAGAGGCCUUCACGGGGAGCAAAGUUUCACAAAAGGAUGAGAAACAGUUUACAGAGAAGGAAAAUUCUACCGUCACUCAAAUGGUUCAAGAUGAGGAAAGUGACUCACAAGAGAUGCUAGCUGGUAUUCCAGUCAUAGAAACAUACUUAAGGGAAGUGGAAGAGACCCCACAACAAACUGAGAGUAAGAGCGAAAUGAAUAUUGAAGAGAAGUCUGAAUCAACCAUAUGUGCUUUCACAGAAAGGUCUUCUCAGAAUAUGGAGAAAGAAACAGGAUGGCAAGUUAAAAGUGCUUGCAAGUUCGAAGAUGGAUCUGGGGUAAAAGAUUUCCAAGAAAAUGGUGACCACACUUGCAAUGUUCUAGAUCAGGAAGGUGAGAAGGAGAUAGUCUCUGAGCCACAGGAGAUGUUAGUUGGUCCUGAUGAUUCCAAAACAUAUGUAAGGGAAGUGGAAGAAACCCCAACACCGAGUUUGAAUAAAACUCAGUCCGAUGAUAGUGUUGGAGCUAUGGUGUCUUUUAACAGAGUAAAUAUUUCUGAGCCAGGAAACAUAGAUGAGGUGCAAGAGGCAGUGCACAAGGUUCCCAGGCGAAGAAGAGUUUGGAAGACCUCUGAAGACGUCUAUAAUAUGAUAAAGGCUCCGAAGGGAAACAACAGGCCCUGGCAGCUAGAAAGUGCGGAAAAUGAAACCACAGCGAUGUCCUUUCAUGAGGAAGGUGUAAGGAUCCAUCAUGCUAGCGAGGAAAUAGAAAGCACAUCUGGACAAGCUAGUGAUUCAGGAUUGCAAGAAAAUUGGACCGUUCUUAAACAGAUGUUUAGGCAGAUGUUUCAGACAGCAGAUACUAAGGGAGAGGAUGAAACUUACUGCUUAGUGGAAUCUGAAAGGGGACAUCUUGAUAUCCAUCAAAAAGCUCAAGAAAAAUAUGAACAGGUUGAGGUGGAGACAGUAAGAACGAAUUAUGAAGCCUAUGCACAUACCAGAGAAAAUGAAGAUGAGUCGGCACAAGAAACAUAUUGUAGAAAAGAGGAUGGUAAGGUAGAAGUGCAAGGUAAAACGUCUUUGGUCCGUGAACUGAUAGGAGAAGAACUAGAAAUGGCUAGCCUAGAAGAAGAAGAUGUGCAGGAAGCAUCUGAAGAAGCUGGCUGGGUUCAAGGACUUUCUGAACUUAAUGAGAUAAAUGAGCAUGCAGAUUCUCAUGCUGAAAUGCUUGAAUAUGAUCGAAGUGAAACAGAUUCAAAUAAUUCUAGGGAGAGAUUUGAUCAAACACAGGAACAAGCAGAAGAAACUAUGAUCGAUGGUAGUAUAGAUACUGACACCAGCAGGUCAUCUUUUGAAAUGAGACAAGGUGAUUCAUAUAUUGAGGAGGUUGGCAUUGAGCAACAUCGCAGUGAUCAAUUCCCUGAAAAAGCUAGUGCUGUCAGUAACACGGAAGAACACAUUGAAGAAAUAGAUUCUGAUUCGAUUCAAAGUGGUUGGAGUGUUGUAGAGGAUGACGACAGAUCACUGCAGGAUGGAGGGGCAAGUCAGGCAGAAAGUAAGCAUGACGAAUUGGAGGAAACCAAAGAAGAAAGUGAUGAAAUGAAAACAAGUCUUGGUGUAGAGAGAAAUGGAGAUAAGAAAGAACUAGAGCACCAGUUUGAGUGUCAAGAGAAUGAAACAUAUAGAAGCAAUGUGGAGGCAGCUGAGUCUUCCUGUCGUUUUCCAAACGGAGAAGAAAUUAUUGGCGCAGCAACAAAUGGAAACAUGAAAGAAAAUGAGGGAGAGGAGGGAGAGGAGAGUUGUCGAUCAUCUAUGGAAGAAGAGGGAGAUGCUACUUCUGAUAUUGGCGCAGCAACAGAUGGAAACAUGAAAGAAAAUGAGGGAGAGGAGAGUUGUCGAUCAUCUAUGGAAGAAGAGGGAGAUGCUACUUCUGAUAUUUCACAAAACAAAGCAGAGACAGUUGAGGAACAUCUGAAAAAGAUAGAUGAAACAAGAGAGAAAGAGAGAGAAAGAAAGCAAGAGAGAGUUAUGGUAGAAAGAGCUAUUCGUGAAGCCCGCGAAAGGGCAUUUGCUGAUGCUAUGGAAAGAGCAGGAAAAACUGCAAUGGAGAAGGCAAAGGCAGUAGCCCACCGUAGAGAGGUUCCAAGGAAAUCAGAAAAGGGAUCUGUUGAGGUAAACGAUAAGUUAUCAUCAGCUGAGAAGGCUUCAAUGCAAGCCAAACUCAGAGCUGAGCGUGCUGCUGUAGAACGAGCAAUCACUGAGGUCAGAGAACGUGCCAUGGAAAAAGCAUUGUCUGGUAAGUCUGCUGCUUCUCAAGCAAAAAGUUAUGGCGGCAGCAAGUCAUUUAGCUCUUCUGGUGAAAGACGAGGCUCCUCAUCUUCUCAGGGUACGGAGAACAAAAGUUCAGGUCCUUCCAAUUCUUCAAACCAGACUGCCAAAGGUGAACCAAUCCAGAGAUGUAAAGCUAGAUCUGAGAGACACCAGAGAACAUCUGACCGCGCAGCAGAGGCUCUUGCAGAGAAGAAACUUCGUGAUCUUAAAACCCAGAAAGAGCAGACAGAGAGAAAUAGACUCGCGGAAGCUCUUGAUGCUGAUGUCAAACGGUGGUCGAGUGGAAAGGAAAACAACUUACGGGCGUUGAUCUCAACACUCCAAUAUAUACUUGGAGCAGAGAGUGGAUGGAAACCGAUUCCUCUCACUGAUCUUGUCUCAAGCGCUUCUGUGAGAAAAGCCUACCGCAAGGCAACUCUUUAUGUUCAUCCCGACAAGCUUCAACAACGUGGCGCAUCCACACAGCAGAAGUACAUUUGUGAGAAAGUUUUUGACCUUCUCAAGGAAGCAUGGAACAAAUUUGGUGCUGACGAACGAUAAGUAAGAUGGUGUAAAACUUUGGAUUUUUCUUUACCCUAUUAUCAGAAGUCACCCUGCAAAUCAGAACCUAGCAGCCUAAGAACCUAAGUUAACAAGUACAGGAUCAAGCUAUGGUAUGGGAUGAAGACAGAUCUAGAGAUGUAAUAACUAGUUAUAAAUAUUUAUAACUAUGUGUCAUAUAUAGAAAAGUAGCUCAUUC